AGAGGAUUCUAAUUUCUUUAAAGCUCUGUUCUCAGGAAAAUUUUCUGAGAACUUUUUACCUCCAGAGGAUCAGUGGAAUUUGAUCUGAAGGCUGGCCAUGACAUCGCAAGGCCAAAGUUUGAAUUCCACUUUAGAUGAUACCUGUCAAGUGAACUUUCGAGGGAUGCUUCUGACUAUUGAUUCGUAUCUGGGGGAUCAAGAUGUGGAGCGCCUGAAGUUUCUCUGCCGAGACUCCAUUGCCCCCAAGAACCUGGAGAAGUGCGGCUCAGCCUUGGAUAUCUUUGAUUACCUGUUGGCAGAGGAAUGGCUGAGUGAGGAAGACCCCUUCUUCCUAGCGGAGCUCCUCUAUACCAUCAAGCAGAAGGCCCUCCUUCGGCACCUCCGCUACACCAAGGAGCAGGUGGAGUGCUGGCUGCCUGUCCGCCGGAAGGUCUCUCUGUUCAGAAACCUGCUCUAUGAACUGUCAGAAGACAUCAGCUCAGAGAACUUAAACAGCAUGAUCUUCCUUCUGAGGGAGUCGAUUCCAAAAGUCCAGAUGACCUCUCUAAGUUUCCUGGCAUAUCUGGAGAAACAAGAUAAAAUAAAUGAAGAUAAUCUGGCAUUACUGGAGGAUCUCUGCAAAAAAAUUGUACCUAAUCUUAUGAGAAAGAUAGACAAAUAUAAAAGAGAGAAAGCCUCCCAGGUAGGGGCACCUCCUGUAGCCAAGGAAACUGAGUCAUUGCAUCAAGGAGAGAAAGAACUAUUUUCCCGCUCGGACAUUAACCAAUUGCUUGGAGCCUUGCCGGAGGUGUCCUGGCAAGAUGAGCAUGCACAGAGUAAUGGUGACAGAGAAACCCCGGUCUCCGUGGAGAUGUUGGGAGCAUCCGUUGACACUCUAACUUGUGAAACCAGUACAAAGGAGACAGCUGUGUACAGGAUGGAUCGGAAACACAGAGGGUAUUGUGUUGUUGUCAAUAACCACAGUUUUACCUCACUGUCAGAAAGACCAGGGACCAAUAAAGAUGCUGAGUGCCUGAAGCGCGUGUUUCAGUGGCUUGGGUUCACCGUGCAUAUUUAUGUCAAUGUGACUAAAGACCACCUAGAGAAGGUUCUGAAGUAUUUUCAGACUCAUCCAGGCCAUGCUGAUGGAGACUGCUUUGUGUUCUGUGUUCUGACCCAUGGGAAAUUUGGAGCUGUCUACUCUUCUGAUGGGAACCUCAUUCCCAUCCGGCAGAUCAUGUCUCACUUCACAGCUCAGCAGUGUCCUGCUCUGGCUCACAAACCCAAACUCUUUUUCAUACAGGCCUGUCAAGGUGAAGAAAUACAACCUUCCGUAUCCAUUGAAGCAGAUGCAGUAAAUCCUGAGCACGUGCCCCCUUCCCUUCUGGACAGUGUUCCCGUUGAGGCGGAUUUCCUUCUUGGCCUGGCCACUGUCCCCGGCUACGUGUCCUUUCGGCACAUGGAGGAAGGUAGCUGGUAUAUCCAAUCUCUGUAUAAUCAUCUGAAGGACUUGGUCCCAAGACAGGAAGAUAUCUUAUCCAUUCUCACUGCUGUCAACGAUGAUGUGAGUCGACAAGAGGACAAACACGGAAAAAAAAAACAGAUGCCUCAGCCUGCUUUCACACUACGUAAAAAAGUAGUAUUCCCUGUGCCACAGGAAGAACUUUUACUAUAGUAGAAAGUUUUGAUCGACACUUACACUUGAAAGGACACUUUGGGCAUCGCUUCCAACCUCCCACCCGUCAUAGAAAUCAGUGACAGGUAGUGAGCUGGCCACCUGUCUUUCUAGUAGAAGAACAUGCCCUAUCUUCUGACACAAGAAAAUCUUUUUUUUUUUUUUUUUUUUUGUUAAGUCUAAAUGGUAGAAAACUUUCUUUGUUGAAGCCUUGGACUGUAGUCUUGAAUUUAGUUGUGUACCCCGAGAAAAAAGUGAUUAGCCUCGGUUUGUGCAUCUGUGAAGUAAAAGGUGGGACCUGGUGUAUUUUAAGGUUCCUUUUAGCUCAGAACCACUGUUUGGCCUUGACUGAGCUUAGAUUUUCCUUCUACAUAUGCUCACCCCUUGUUAUAAUUCUGUAUCCCCUCUGAAUGGUCUUGUUUUGGACACUGGAAGAUGAUGAGAUCAUGGUUCAAUGACCCUCUCCUUGUUCUCCCCUAAAAUUUGAUCUAUGCCAUACCCAUUUCCUGCUUUAGUGUAAGGAAGGUGUUUCUGCAGGCAAUGUUUCUCUUGGGCCAGGAACAGGGUUGGCUCUCAGAAGAUGACAGCUCAGCAUGAAGACAGACACAUUCAGCUGCUCUGGGAGCACAAACUUUACAACCUUGGAUUAAAUUCCAUGUUGGUCAGGACCCUUUCAGACGCCGCUGACAGAACACCCACCUCACACCAACUAAAGCAAAAAAGAAAAUUGGUGGCUUCUUUCACCUGAAAACACAUGAACGCGGAGACUGGCUUCAGGUGAGGCUUGAAUCAGGACUAAAUCUGCACACAGCAUCUCUCUCGGUCAGAGUCCUCAGGGUUGGCAGCUGACUGUAGUCAACAGCCCCUGCCUUAGCUCUAACACACUCUGCUCCUCUGACCCAAAGUGAUGAGGAGAGAGGUGGCCUCAGGGACUGUGUUCACAGGGCUUGUUGCUCUCUCUGGCCAGGCAGUGUCUGGCUAUGCCUUCUGGAGGGGGAAGCUCUGUAUGGAAGCCUUGAUACUUUAAAAAUUAAGGUUGUGAACACUCCUAUGUACUGAACUUUUUUUUUUUUUAAUUUCAAGAGGAAUUUUUAAUUCUUGGAAGGAAUUAAAUGUUAGUUCCUGGAAGGAGGGAGAUUGAAAGUCCUGUGGUUAAUGACUUCAUUUAUAGACGAAGAAACUAAAGCCCAAGGAGACAGAGUGAUUUGCUACAACGUCCAGCCAGCUAUCGGUUUACAGGAUUUUAUUUCCCACUUAACUGAACUGGAAUGUCAUGGGUCAUAACAGGACUUUAUGAACAUUUCUUGGAUAUGUAGGUGCUCAUGAAAGAUGUCAGGGAAGGAAGAAAAAAUAACUCAGUGAUGCUUGAUUUUAUAAUUAUUUUUAUGAAAGUCAAAUUAAAGUCUGGCAAAUUUGCAAUGAGAAAUAUUCAUAAGAACCUUGUUAUAAUGUAGCUAGUAAUUACAUGGAUUUGAAUGUAGGUUGACCAAGGAAACAAAUGUCAUAUAUGUCAGGAUGAUCUUCCAAAAUCAUUGUUCAUAUGUGUCAAAGCUAACAGCUGGUGGGUACAGUCUUUGUCCAAUUGGAUAUACACAGCUUUUGGCCAUUUAACAGUCCUUUGCUAGUUGAAGGAUGAUUUGGUACAAAGGAAAGAGCAAAGGGUCUGGCGAGAGAAGCCUUGGGUUUCUGUUGUAUGCUGUGAUUUCCUUGCUCUGAGACACUAAGUCAAGCUAGUUUUUUGAGCCUUAUCUAUAUAGCAGAGAAGUAUUAUCUGUUGGGAGGAUUAAGGUUUAAAUCUAAUUGUGGCGUGGUGCAUAUAAGGCCCAUGGUAGCUGUAUUCUGGUAGUAACCUUAAUGGAAGUAGCAGAGUUUGAGUUCCUUUGCAUCUAAUUCCUGCUGACUUUUAGCUUCAAAUCAACAGUAGCAACACCCGCUGAUAUUCUCUGACUGAGGAACAACCAGGCCAGCUCUUGGCUCUGAGUCCAGCUGGGCAGCACAGGUGAUGAAUUCUCCUGCAUCAGAAAUAUGUGGGGCUUGAUGUUGAAGUCCUGGGCCUGUGGUCUAGUUUAUAUUUCUGUUUCACUGGAACUUAGUGCAUGUGCAGGGUUAAACUCUAGAAUCAGGAAACUUUCCAUGAGCUUUCUUUACAGAGGCCUCCAGCAAGCAUGUGAGGAAUCACUAGACAUUUAUGCCUGUGAGUCAUGGGUCUAUACAGACAGCAGGAGUGCAAUCGUUCUUGGCUCAUUUUUCCUAAAUGGAGCAUAUACACACUUGGCCCUUGUCUGUAUCUGUGUGUGUGUGUGUGUGUGUGUGUGUGUGAAUUUAGAGUCCAGAGACAAAAGGAAGUGAUUGAUCACAACCAUUUGGCAGUCCCUACAGCCAUUGUCUGUCCAGACAUUUAUGAUGAAAAUGGCAGGUGGAAUAAGGUUUCUGUAUAUUUUGCCUAGUUUUGCUCAACCUACAAGAGCUGUAGUUAAUUUUUUCUUUUCUUUUCUCUUUAUCGCUCAAAAGUUUGGCUUCUACCAAACAAAAUGAAAGACAUGAACACUUUUGAUAGAGUAUUAUGCAGAUGUUAGUUAUUUAAUAAUGAUACUACCGGUGUAUAGUAUUAUUAGGACUAUUAGUCACUAUAGCAUCCUAGUGGCGUCUGCUUCAGGGACUCACCAUGGUGGUGGGCAGGUUUGUUAUCGUGGCAUUUCCCUUAGCAAUAUAAUUAUUCCCCCAGUACUCAGGUAAUUUAAACAUAUAUGCAACUAGUACAUUGUGGUUACUGACCAAUCAGACCAGACACUGAUCCGUUUAACACAACAGUGAAUAGGCUGAAUAGCAGCCAAAGAUCAGUGAUCAAGUCUCCGCUGAGGUGAACCAAAGUAAACAUUUACCUCAUUUUAUAGACGACUUGUGUGCCAUAUCAGAUUAACAAAAUUUUCCGGGUCGGAUACUUUCUGAGUGACGUAGUCAAGUUCUCAACCUGAAAUUCUUGGGCCCUUAGGUUUUUGUGGAUUUAUCUUCAGGGUCUGAGAGUCCUCCACCUUCAUUUUUAAAUGUUGUCAUUCCUUGUGGGGGUAAUCUUUAAAAAUUAAUACAAGUGCCCUUCUCUUCCGUAUGACCACCUCGUAUUUGAGUACCGUCACAUGACUUCUGUGCUCACAUCCGGGUGCUCACAGAAAGUGAUGAACUUUACAUUGCACUUUUAAAUGUAGCAUAGAUUAGGGUCCAUGGCUGGGGAUUCUCAGGUUUAUUGUCAAGUGUCAGUGGUUAAUCUGUUUGAAACUUGCUGCAGUCUAUCCUCUCAACCCUAUAGACUCUACUUCACCAUCCCUCCCCUUAACUCUUCCAGCAGAGGGAACUCACACCACACACAGAGCCAUGGAUUUGAGAGACCCUGUGGUCCAGCCUUCAGAGUGUUAAACUUACCGAAGUCUCACAGCUGUUAGUGGAGGCUUUGCAAUCCUGCCAUCUGGUUUCACCUGCGGACAGCUUUAAUGUCUUUUUCUCUGUUGGACUUGAAUCUGCCCCCUUAGAAUGUACUUAGACCCACGGGUUCUAAACUCUUGGAGACAUACCAAGCAAGGGUAACUAUCGUCUGGUGAGGUAUUUGUUGUAUGUGACAAGUUUUUUUUUUUAACUUUUUUCUGGUAGGGUCUGAGUCUUGUCAAAAGUCUGCAGUUUGCUCUUAAAGAUGUGGUAAAAAUAUAGGGAUAUAUUCGUAUCUUUAAACAGAAACUAAAUUUCUGAAAGUAGAACCCUUUAAAAAAAGCAAUAAGGGAAUUUCCUGUUUAAAGAAAGACCCAUUUGGCAAUACAAACAUUGUAUUUAACAUAACUUUUGCAUGUAUGAAAAUUUAAAAGAGGGUUUUUCUAUUAAAAUUUUUAGAUUAUAUUAAAUUUUACUGUUUAAAUUUAUUUUUGAAAAGGUGCUAUCUUUACAUUGUUCGAAGAUAAGAAAAUAUGAAAGGGUGUUCAAGAAAAGUCUUGCCCCCAUUUCUCUGCACAGCCUGCCUGGUCCCCUGUCUUCCUCAUCCCAUAGAUAAUUUCAGGGUUUCUUAGUGCAAAUGCAAAUACAACAAAGCAAAAUAUAUGUGCAUUUUAAAAUAAGAAUUUCUUGAAACAAAGUAUAUAUUAUACACUGUGAAACUCACAUCUCUCAUUUGGUCUUAUUUAAAAUGAUGCUGUAAGAUGCCUGGAAAUACUGGUACAAUUCUAGAAUGGGAAUAACUAUGAGUUUUGUGGACUGAGUACUUGUAAAUAGUAGUAAUUACCUUACCAAUAAAUAAAGACAUUUUUUCCUUUUUA